AUGGAAGACAAGGGUUCUCAACGAGCCUUAUUGGCUCAAACAGUUAAUGAGAUCGUCAAACUGCUCAUUGAGGCUCACAAUCAGAAGAAAGACGUCAAUUUGAAUCGGUUGAAAUGUAUUGUUGCACAGAAGAAUGGACUCAGUUUCCAACCUAAAUUGGUAGAUAUCAUCGCAGGAGUUCCAGCCGACUAUAAAGACACACUCCUUCCGAAACUGAAAGCGAAACCUGUUCGAACUGCUUCUGGAAUUGCUGUGGUCGCUGUGAUGAGCAAGCCGCAUCGUUGUCCACAUAUCAAUUUCACUGGAAACAUUUGUGUUUAUUGUCCAGGAGGUCCGGAUUCCGACUUCGAAUAUUCAACACAAAGUUAUACUGGAUAUGAGCCAACAAGUAUGCGAGCGAUUCGAGCAAGAUAUAACCCGUAUUUGCAAACACGUGGACGUUUAAAUCAAUUGAUGCAAUUGGGUCACUCUGUUGAUAAGGUCGAAUUUAUCGUUAUGGGUGGAACAUUCAUGUCUCUUCCUGAAGAUUAUCGUGAUUUCUUCAUCCGAAAUCUUCAUGAUGCUCUCAGUGGACAUACCUCCGCGUCAGUUGAAGAAGCUGUUGCUUAUUCUGAAAGAUCCAAAAUGAAAUGCAUUGGAAUCACUAUCGAAACUCGACCGGAUUACUGUCUACCUCGUCAUUUGAACGAUAUGCUUUUGUAUGGAUGUACACGACUCGAAAUCGGUGUUCAGUCUACGUAUGAAGAUGUAGCCAGAGAUACGAAUCGUGGUCACACUGUUAAAUCAGUCUGUGAGACAUUUCAUAUGGCGAAAGACACUGGAUAUAAAGUUGUAAUUCAUAUGAUGCCUGAUCUACCAAAUGUUGGAUUGGAAAGAGACAAAGAACAAUUUUUAGAGUUAUUCGAAAGCCCCGCAUUCCGACCAGAUGGUUUGAAACUUUAUCCAACAUUGGUUAUCCGUGGAACCGGAUUGUAUGAAUUAUGGAAAACUGGAAGAUAUCAAAGUUAUCCACCAUCUGUUCUUGUUGAUUUGAUUGCUACAAUUCUGUCAUUGGUUCCUCCAUGGACACGUGUAUACCGAGUACAGAGAGAUAUCCCAAUGCCAUUAGUUUCAUCAGGUGUUGAACAUGGAAAUCUCCGAGAGCAUGCAAUGGCAAAAAUGAAAGAACUCGGAUUAAAAUGUCGAGACGUCCGAACAAGAGAAGUGGGAAUUCAAGAAAUUCACAACAAAGUUCGUCCAGAAGACGUUGAAUUGAUCAGAAGAGAUUAUACUGCAAAUGGUGGUUGGGAGACAUUUAUUUCCUAUGAAGAUCCAAAACAAGAUAUUCUCAUCGGACUUCUUCGAUUGAGAAAAAUCUCGGAUAAAGCUCACAGAACAGAGUUGAAAGGCAAUGUCUCAGUUGUUCGUGAAUUGCAUGUUUAUGGAUCUGUUGUUUCGGUAGCUGAUCGUGAUCCGAAGAAGUUCCAACAUCAGGGAUAUGGUUCUCUUCUUAUGGAAGAAGCUGAAAGGAUAGCAAGAGAAGAACAUGAAUCUGACAAGAUUGCCGUCAUUUCUGGAGUUGGAACUCGAGAUUACUAUCGGAAGCUUGGAUACGAGUUGGAUGGUCCAUACAUGAGUAAAAAACUUGUUGACUACUAG